AAGAGGGUGAUCCACAUAGACUAACACAGAGGGGGAGGGAGAGCGCGAGAGCAGCCGGAGCAGAGAGCUUCAUUAGAGACGAGAGAGAGGAGGCAGCAGGACGGAGGAUGAAGACGCUGCCGAGGGUCUGAAACACAAACAGGUCAUCAUGGGAAACGCGGACAGCCACAGCAGCUUUGUCUCUCCUGCCAAGCCCUCCUGCUCCUUCAGGUUUUCCUCCAGGAGGGAGGAGGUGACAUCAGCUCGCAGCUGGUGGAGGAGCAGCCAGGGAGGCUGCAGGAGCCGAGGGAAAAGCUACCUGAACCACCCAAUGGCCAGCUCACCCUACACCUCAUGGCGUUACGAACCAGCCCCUAAAGCGGCCCGAGGAGGCGCCAAGCUGAGAGGAGGGUCUCCCCAGAGGCUCUGCAUGGGGGAGCGUGGUCAGUUUGGGGGGGGUGAGCGGGCGUCUCUGGAAAGCAGCGGCAGCCCGAAGGUGCUGCUCAGCAAAGAUGGCAGCAUGAGGGUGGAGUUCACCAAAGCUCGGGUGGAGCCAGAGAGUCUGAGUGGGCUCCCCGCCAUCACUACCGCAGCGACCACCACCACGGGCGCAGAGGUGUCACUGCGCACCAGCAACGGCAGCUCGCUCAGCUCCGAUGGCUCUUGGUACGACUCGCCGUGGGGGAACAGCGAGCUGACGGAUAACGUGUUUGUGUGCAGGCAGAACGCGGACAACAGCAGCGGCUACACCACUGCCACCAGCAGCAGCGGCUACAACACCUUCUUCUCCGCUCAGGGUGAGGACAUCUCACCUGGAUUUAGCUCCAGCCUCCUCUUCCCCACCACAGAGACUAAUGUGUUCGCCGCCGCAACUGCAGGUUACAACACCUGCUCCUCUGGCCGGACGGAGGACAGCGGCAUUGGAGACUCGGAGCUCCUGCAGCCGGACCUCACGGAUUUCAGCCUGAUUUCAGCUCCUGGGGUUUACAGCAGUCACAACACGCUGCCCGCCUUCCCCACCGACGCUGGGACCCCCGCCGGGGAGGCAGCGCUGCUGGAUGAUGUCACACAGAAAGAGGAGGGAUCAGCCGGUGAUAUGGAGGAGCAUUACUCUUCCUGCACGCUGCCCUGCCGAAAUGUGGAGUCUGCGAGCGCCGCCUCUGCCAGGAAUAACCGAAAAGACUUCCUGAAGAGCAGAAUCAGACGUCUGAGCGACUGGACAGGAAGUCUGAGCAGGAAGAAGAGGAGGAUCCAGGAGCCGUUCACCACCGACACAGCCGAUGUCUUCAUCAAUGGACUGAAUGCUGGGGCUGUUAGCUGCAGCACGCUGUGUUCCUCCGACCCUCUUCACUCCCUGAACCCCAACCAGUUCCCAACGCUCCACUGCGGCUCCUCCAGGAGUCUGAACCAGAACAGUGAUGCUCAGCGGCAGAACAUCUAUGAGAACUUCAUGCAGGAGCUGGAGAUGGGUUGCAGCAGUACGGCUGACAGGACGGAGCCAUCAGAGGGGGACGGAGACGAGGGUGAGGAGGACGAGGAAGAGAUAGAUGGGGAUGUGGAGGUGGGAGGAGGGGAGCAGCUGGACGUCCUGUUUGAGAAGGAGCAGGGUGUGGUGCGGCGGGCCGGAUGGCUCUCUUUCAAACCUCUCAUCACUGUUAACAAGGACAGAAAGCUGGAGCUGGUCACCCGCCGCAAGUGGAGGCACUACUGGGUCACACUGAAAGGUUGCACUCUGCUGUUUUACGAGACAUACGGGAGGAGCAGCGGCAGCGCCGACCAGGAGCUUUCUCCUCGCUACGCUCUCCUGGCUGAUGACAGCAUCGUCCAGGCCGUCCCUGAGCACCCAAGGAAGGAGCAUGUCUUCUGUCUGAGCAACUCGUAUGGAGACGUGUACCUGUUCCAGGCCACCAGCCAGACUGACCUGGAGAACUGGGUGACGGCAAUGCACUCGGCGAGUGCCUCUCUGCUGGUGAAGCGUCAGAGGAAGGAGGACACACUGCGCCUCCUGCGCUCUCAGAGCCGCUCACUGCUCCACAAGAUUGACAUGGAUGGGAAGAUGAAGAAGAUGGCUGAGCUGCAGCUGUCCAUCAUCAAGGAGCCCAAGAGCAGGAAGGCGGUGGAGAGCCAGAUCCAGCAGUGGGAGCAGAAUCUGGAGAAACUGAACCUGGAUCUGUUCAGGCUCAGGUGCUACCUGUCCAGCCUGCAGGGCAGCGAGCUCCCAAACCCAAAGAGCCUCCUCGCCGUGGCCAGCAGGCCCUCCAAAAGCAUGCUGGGACGCCUGGGAGUCUUCUCCGUGUCCUCCUUCCAUGCUCUGGUGUGCAGCCGAGAAGAGGCCACACUGAGGCGGCGCUGCCGGUCUCUUUCGGGAGGAAACCGGAGGAGGGGUCUGCCGUCCUCCCUGAAGGUCCUGGAUGAUCUCAACAGGCGCGGCAGGGGUGGCAAACACUCGGAUCACCAGAAUGUGGACUGCGCUCCCAAACAGAUGGUGGCAGCGCCCCCUGCCGGUCAUAGUGCAGAUCUGCAGUUGCGUGAUGAGCAGCAGCUUCCAGCUGUUGGUGUUUUUACUCUGAACAUCUGUCGACCUGACGGCCACAAAGACUUCGGUUUUGCGGUGACGGGUCACGUGGACGGAGCGGGAAAAAGUCAUGUCUUCGUCAGCGAGGUGGACCCGCUGGGACUUUCAUCCAGAGACGGCCUCAGGGCCGGAGACGAGGUCCUGGCUGUUAACGGCGCUCCUGUGUCUGGACUGGACCUGGACCUCCUGCAGAGUCUCUUCAGACAUCAGAAGCUGCAGCUGCUGCUGAGGAGGGAUGAGUCACUUGAGGCCGAAGAGCCUGCCGACCUCUGGCCCGACCACGCUGACCCCUUCCACCCCGGCCGCCAACCACCGGCCACGAACAUCCACACCUGGAUCACAGAUUCCUCUGUCAUCACAGAUGCAGACAGCGUCCUGCCUCCCGUUUUCGAUGACACUUCUGCGAGGAUACCUCAGGACACCAAGCCCUCAGAGGAGAACUUAGACCGGGUCUACUCGCUUUACCAGACCUUUCCAGAAGGCCAGACAGGAGAUGGCGACAACCCCAAAAACCCAUACGGCAGAGAGGUCAGCCUGCAGCCGGUGAGCCCCACCCACCUAAGCGUGUGUCAGCGUCUGCGUAAGGUCAUCCAAGAGCUGGUCGACACUGAGAAGUCCUACGUCAAGGAUCUCGUCUGUCUGUUCGACAUCUACCUGACCCCCCUGCAGAAGGAGACGUUCCUCAGUAAAGACGAGAUGGAGGCGCUGUUCGGCAGUCUGCCAGAGAUGUUGGACUUUCAGAGAGUUUUUCUCCAAACGCUGGAGGAGAGAAUCGCCGCCUGUCCGAACUUCAGCAACCUGGAAACCCCCGAGCAGUUCAAGAAACUCCUCUUCCCAUUGGGUGGAUCAUUUCUGUACUAUGCCGAUCACUUCAAGCUUUACAGUGGCUUCUGUGCGAAUCACAUCAAAGUCCAGAAAGUUCUGGAAAGAGCCAAAACAGACGCAGCCUUCAAACAGUUCCUGGAGGCCAGAAAUCCGACCAAUCAGCACUCGUCUUCCCUGGAAUCAUACCUGAUCAAACCUGUUCAGAGAGUCCUGAAGUAUCCGCUGCUGCUCCGAGAGCUCGUGUCCUUGACAGAUGCAGAAAGCCCCGAGCACACACACCUGACAGAGGCGCUGCGAGCAAUGGAAAAGGUGGCGAGUCACAUCAACGAGAUGCAGAAGAUCUAUGAGGAUUACGGCUGCGUGUUUGACCAGCUGGCAGCAGAGCAGAGCGGAGCCGACAAACAGGUGACGGAGAUCUCGAUGGGGGAGUUUCUGGUCCACUCGUCGGUGGUCUGGUUGAACCCACUGCCCUCUCUGGGUCGCUUGAGGAAGGAACCAGAGCUGACGCUGUUUGUGUUCAAACGAGCCGUCAUCCUGGUUUACCGUGAGAACAGCAAACUGAAGAAGAAGAUGACCUCGCCCCGAUCAGCUGACCUUGACCCCUUCAGAUUCCGCUGGUUAAUCCCAGUUUCAGCGGUCCAGGUCAGACCGGCUAACAUCACAGGUUCUGAGGACCCAUGUGUGUGGGAGCUGGUUCACAGUCGGUCUGAAGUGGAGGGACGACCAGAGACGGUGUUCCAGCUGUGCAGCAGCGGUUUGGAGACAAAGGCCAGCGUGCUACGAGCCCUGCGCUUGCUCCUCAGAGACCGAGCUCCUGUGGGAUCCCUGAGGAGGAGCAGGCUGUCUACGGCUGAGAGAAGCGCCUCCUGGAGGAGGAGGCAGCAGCGCCGCUCUGACACCCAGAAGACAAUUCCUCACCAGCUGCAGGAGAGCUGCAGGUCUGACGGCGUCCUGGGCGACACGUGCUCAGAGCCUCUGCUGCCGAGCCACGCCUCCAGCUCCAGUGCCGCUGCAGGGAUGAGAGGCAGACUCUGCUCCCUGACUAGUGAGCUGGAGGCCCAGCUACAGAGGCUCAACUUCAGAGAGGAGGAGGUGGAGCAAAGAGGGACAUCUAUAAGUGAGGAGGAGAAAAAUAAGCGGAGCUCUAGCUUACGGCGAAGUCCUGGAGAUCUGCAGGACCUCAGCAACCUGCUGGAGAGAGACUUCAGCGUUCAGAGCAUGACCUCCAUGAUCAACGAAGACUGCUUCUAUGACCCCCUGCUGGGGUUACAGACGACCGCCGCCAUGCCCGCAGUGUAGGGACAAAGCUAACAUGCUAACACAAGGAGGAUGGUCAUAAUGCGGGGAGUCUAAAUAAAUCCAGAUGAUUGAGCUGGAAGCUUAUCACACCUGCUCCGCAGAACUGAACAUGGAGGUCCACGCUGACCUACGCUACAAGAGGAAGUCAUAUCAGCCAAUCUGGGAUUUUUUUUACUGAUCUCUCUGAUUCAGCAUUAAAAGCUCACCAGUGAUUUAAUGGUAACAAAAAUAAACAGCAGUCGAACGUCACCGGAAAGUGAGAGAAAAGAGUCUGACAAAGUCCAAGAAAAAUGUAAAUUUAAAGAAAACGUGUGUCACUGUGAAACAUCAGUUUAUGCAAGUUCUUAAAUUCCUAAAAUUCAUUUUUAAUUUAUGAUUUUUUUUUUGUUUGUUUUUAGUCUGGAAAAGAAAUUUGAUUUGUUUGUAUUUAAAAAUAAGAUUUUAUUCUCAUAAAAUUACAGGUUGAUCUCUCAGAAAUGUGACCUCUUUCCACAAAAGUGCACCUUUAUUUUUUAAAUAUCAAUAUCAUUACCUGUUAACCUUUAAAAUUACCGUUAUUUAUGCAAAAAAAAAACAUUUGGCAAGCAAUUUUUAGUUUUUUCAUUUCAAUUUUUUUUAGUGUUUUUUUUUCUUUCUGAUUUUUUUUUUUAAUUUUACGUUUUCUUUACAUAAAUUACUUCAGCUUUAAAACGAUAAGUUUAUGGUGCCGUCACAGUAAAACUUUAUUCCAUCAACAUCUUUAAAUGUAACUUUCUCUAAAAACAAUUUUAUCAUCAAACUACAUGAAAUUCAGCCUGAAAAGUGUCUUUUUCUUUACACGAGUUUAUAAUAAUUUGUCUUUUAAAAUGUAAAUUUAUACCAAAUCUUUCAACUUUAUUCGCAAUCUUUUUUCUCUCACAGAGGCUCUGAUGUGAAACUGUAGACCCAUCUCAGGCAUCUCGCUAACACAGCUCACAAACCUCAAAGAACAAACAGAAUCAUUUGUCUCAGAGACAAACUACAGACCUCACAAAAAUUUCCAGAAACUGGAGUGUUCUUUUUAAAAAUUCCUCGAGAGAACAUGGUGUUCAGUUCUUUUCACUUAACCAAGCAUCUCUUUGAAGGGUCCAACCAGCUCAGUUUCAUCUUGUUUGCUGAUGGACCGAACCGAAUGUUGGACUUGCUGCCUGAACUCGGCGACAGCUGUCAAACUCUUGUGUUGUAAAUAUUCUUGUGUGCAGCACUCAUUUUGAAGUUUUCUGUCUAACAGAGAAACUUUCUUGACAAAAGCCGUUUCUGGAAAAAUCUGGAGCUGCUGGAUCAAAGCUUUCAGUCGAGUUUUUAUAUUUAUAUAUUUGUAAUGUUUUGUUGACCAAGCACUAGAGAGACACCAGUGUUUUUAUUUUAUAUUUGUGUUUUAUAUUUUCUAAAAUGUUAAAGUAU